UCCGACGAAUUUCUGACAAAAUGUUAGUCGGAAAAGUUUUAUAUAUAUACUAGACAACGAAAGAAUCAUAGACACAAGAAAAAAGUUGAAAAAAAAAAAACAGAAACACAAAAAUAUCUUCGAAAAAAAAAUGUCUUCUCAUAAUAUUUAUAAAAUUAGAGAGUGGAUGUAUAAUCGAUUAGAUGAUGAGACCGGAGCUAUGAGGCAGGAGUACAAGGAAGGUUUAAUGGAAUUCAUGCAGUUUGCAUCUAAUCAAGAAAUGACGCGUAUCGAAGGUAUUAUGGCAUGUCCUUGUGUCAAAUGUUGUAAUGAUCAUUUUCUUGCAAAAGACAUUGUUUGGAAUCAUUUAUAUUGGGGAGGUUUUACACCGGGAUAUUAUAUAUGGUUUUCUCACGGGGAGGAUUUUAGAUCGGGUCCUAGUAGUAGUCGUGAAAGAAGAGAUGAAAACGUUAUAAUUAGCGAUGAGCAUAUUCACCAGGAAGAAGAUAAUGUAAUUGGAAGUGGUAGUGGUGAAUUUCAUGAUAACGUAGAAAAUACUAAUGUUGCGGAGGAACCCAACUUAGAAACACAGGGAUUUUUCGAUAUGUUAGAUGCUGCAAAUCAUCCGAUAUAUGCAGGAUGCAGAGAGGGUCAUUCUCCUUUAUCCGCCGCAACACGUAUGAUGAACAUCAAAACAGACUACAAUUUAAGUGAAGAUUGUGUUGAUGCGUGGGCUGAUUUUAUCCACGAUUAUCUACCGGAAGAUAAUUUAUCGCCAGUUUCAUACAACGCAAUCCAAAAAUUGGUAUCUGGGCUAGGUUUACCAUUCCAAAUGAUUGACGUGUGUAGAGAAAAUUGUAUGAUUUUUUGGGGAGAUAAUGUAAAUAUGUCUCAAUGUCGUUUCUGUGGUGCUGAAAGGUUUCAGGUUACUGGUGGGCGAAACAAAAUACCAUAUAAGCGUAUGUGGUAUUUGCCCUUGGCUGAUAGGUUGAAGAGGUUGUAUCAGUCAGAUCGGACAGCGGAGGGUAUGCGAUGGCACGCUGAACAUGAGUUCACCGGGGAGAUUUCACAUCCAUCGGAUGCAUCGGCCUGGAAACAUUUUUGUUCUACAUAUCCAGUCUUUGCUAAUGAACCAAGGAAUGUCUAUCUUGGUUUAUGCACGGAUGGAUUCAAUCCAUUUGGAAAGUCAGGUAGAAAAUAUUCUUUGUGGCCAGUAAUAGUCACCCCUUACAAUCUCCCACCUUCCCUUUGCAUGAAAAGAGAAUUUCUUUUCUUAACCAUUUUGAUUCCUGGUCCAAACCACCCUCGUCGUUCACUUGAUGUGUUCCUACAGCCGCUUAUAGAAGAGUUAAAAAUGUUAUGGUACCAAGGGGUUUGGGUAUAUGAUGUCUCCACAAAGACAAAUUUUAACAUGCGUGCUGUAUUGAUGUGGACUAUUAGUGACUUUCCCGCAUAUGGCAUGUUAUCGGGUUGGACAACUCAUGGAAGACUGUCGUGUCCAUAUUGUCAAGAUAAUACAGAUGCCUUCCAACUAAGACAUGGCCGGAAAUCAAGUUGGUUUGAUUGUCAUCGUCGUUUUCUAAGACGAAAUCAUCCAUAUCGUCGUAGUAAGACGUUGUUCCGCAAGAACAAGAGUAUCCGUGAUCCACCGCCACCUGAGUAUGAUGGUGAUUAUAUAUUGAAUCAAUUUCGUGAUUUUGAUGUUGACUGUACAUCAUCGGUAGGCGGUAAUGGCCAUGUCCGAAUUGAUGGAUAUGGAGAACAUCAUAAUUGGCAUAAAAAAAGUAUCUUCUGGGAGUUGCCGUACUGGACAAAUCAUCUACUCCGCCACUGUCUUGACGUUAUGCAUAUUGAGAAGAAUUUCUUUGACAAUAUAAUUAACACCAUUUUAAAUGUCCCGGGUAAGACUAAAGAUAAUGUCAAAUCCAGAAUGGAUUUACCCGAUAUUUGUGCGCGCGAGGAUCUCCAUUUGCUUGCAGACGGAGUAGGUCCUAUUCCUAUAUGGAGAUUAGAUGCAAGCAAGAAGACCAAGUUUUUUCAGUGGAUAAUUGAUGAUGUUAAAUUUCCUGAUGGCUAUGCAUCAAAUCUAUCAUAUUGUGUUGAUGAUCACAGUGGUAGAUUAGCUGGGAUGAAAAGUCAUGACUGUCACGUCUUCAUGCAGCGUUUACUACCAUUUGCGUUUACACAACUCCUACCAAAUGUUGUCCAUGAAGCAAUUGCAGGGAUAGGUGCAUUUUUUAGAGAUUUGUGUUCAAGAUCUCUAACAGUCGAAGGACUACAUACACUUGAAGAUAAUAUCCCGAUUAUCAUUUGCAAUUUGGAGAAAUUAUUUCCCCCAUCAUUCUUUGAUGUCAUGGAGCACUUGCCUAUCCAUCUACCUCGUGAAGCAGCACUAGGCGGUCCAGUUCAGUACCGGUGGAUGUAUCCUUUUGAGCGUUAUAUGUUCCAUUUGAAGAAAAAAGUAAAAAAUCUUAGCAAAGUUGAGGGAUCAAUAGUAGCUCAAAGCAUAAACGAGGAGACUUCUCAUUUUUCGGCCUACUAUUUUGCUCCAAAUGUCCAAACAAAAGCAAGAAAACCAGGUAGGUACGAUGAUGGGGGUGUGCGGCCUUUUUACCAUACAUCUGUCCCAGAUAUCUUUUCUCAAAUCGGGAGACUGAGUGGGAAGAAAAGAGAAGUAUGGUUUACAGAUCAAGAAUUUAAUCACAUUCAUACUUACAUACUCCGGAACUGUGACGAUGUCAUACCAUUCGAGAAGAUCUUUGAUGAUCAAGUGUCUGGAGCGUAUCCAAACAUGACAGAGGCUCGAAAAGAGGAAAUGAAGCAGACACAAUAUGCUAAUUGGUUAAAAUAUUAUAUCAAAUCAGCCGCAAGUAGGCAGGAACACUAUCCAACAUGGUUUGAAGAGUUGGUUGGAGGUCCUCUAUCAAGGGCAAUGGCAUACCCGAUGUAUUGCACUCGAGGCUACGUUUUCAUAAAACGUCCAGGGAUUACUAACAGAAAAACAGUGAAUUAUGGGGUCGUUGUUCGUACAGAUUCGAUAGACUACUAUGGUGAAAUUACUGAUAUAUUAGAGGUUGAAUAUCCGGGAGUCAUAAAUUUGAAAUGUAUACUCUUCAAGUGUGACUGGUAUGAUCCUAGAGUUGGAAGAGGUGUUAGACUUACAAAGUAUGGUGUCACAGAGAUCAACUCGACUAAGCAGUUAAGAAAGUACGAUCCGUUUAUACUUGCAUCUCAGGCAGCACAGGUUUGCUACAUACCAUAUCCACAAGUAGGUGUUCGACAAUAUCCAUGGAUUACGGCUCAUCAAAUAAAUCCAAGAAGCAGAGUUGAUGGGGUGAAAGAAAAGGAACCGCUACAACAAAUUGCAGUAAACGAAAUUACGCAAGUAGAUCAAUCUGUCGGUGACAUUCCCCUCGUUGAUAUUGAGAACAUAGAACUCGAAGAGAUAUGGGAAAAUGCGGAAGACGAAGAGGAUGGAGAAGAGUUUGAAGAUCAAAAUGAUUCUGCUAGUUCAGAUUAUUCUUCCGAUUCUGAGUAAAUCAAAUAUAUCGUCUUUAGUUUUAUA